CGCAGUGUAGAACUGGGAAACCAAAUUCCAAUCGUUCAUCGGGUAAAAAAAACGAAAAUUUACCCCUGAAUUCAUCAGUAAAUCGUUCAUAAAAACAAAAAUUCAAAAAACGAAAUCAUCAAAAUUUCAUUUUUACCGAGAAUCUCUUCUUCGAGAAACAGCUGCCAAGCAAUUCUAACAUCAACAGCGUCGAAACAGAUGAUAGUCUCGUUGAAUUGUGAUUGAAGCUUUGCGUUCAGUUUGAUUUCGCGUUACGGAGUAAUUAUGAUUGUUGUUUCUGCUCAAUUUUGAAGAUUGUCGGUUUGCGUUGGAUUGGCUAUGGGGUCAAAUGCCGGAGUGGAGAGAAAUGGUGAAGAUAGAGUUGAGGGUGGUGGGAGUUUUUGCUAGAGGAAACUGCUGAACCCAUUCUCUACCAGCUUGUUCGGGUUGAUGGGGAUGGUCGGUUAGUGCCUGCAACAGAUGAUGAAUUGAUGACAGUUGAAGAGUUACUUGGAGAUGAGAAGCAUGAAUUCGGUCGUGUCACAGAUUCUGAGCAGACUAUGGAGUACAAUGGAACUGAAUUAUGCUCUUCCAAAAAAAUGCAGCUUGAUGAACCCCAAGGACAUUCGGCGUCUGAAAAACACGAAGCUGUCGUAACAGACAAUUUGUCACACCAAAUGUUGCCUGAUUCAGACAAACUAAAUACUCAAGGAGAUGCAACUGCCCAUCCAUUAACCUCAGAAUAUAUCCAUAUUGAUAACUUCGAUCGUACUGAUGGAUGUUCAAACUCCUCAGAUGCAAGUGCAAAUAAUAUGUCAGCUUCCACAUCUGGGGCUAGCUCGAUGCCCGAUUUUUCAAAGUUAAAGGGGGAAAUACAUUUGGAGAAUUUGACAGUAAAAGAACUUCAGGAAACUUUUAAAGCUACCUUUGGACGAGCAACUUCAGUUAAGGACAAGUCGUGGCUUAUGAGGAGGAUUUCCAUGGGGUUGUCAAAUUCUUGUGAUUUUUCAUGUACCCAUUUUGUGAUUGAGGACAAUGGAGUCGUGAAGAAAGUUAAAGAAGAAAGCAUUGCGGAUGUCAGAAAUUUAAUCGGAGAGGAUCUUAUAGUUGCAUUGGCUAAUACUAACUCUGCAGGCCAUGAAGAAAAAGCAGAGGUUCCAGGUAAUACUACUGAAGGGAAUAUUCCCAAAUCACCAUUCGAAGGUUGUAAUGUUAGAGAGGAACUUAACUCUGAAGAAAGAGCAGCGAAAAGAGUUCGUAAACCUACAAAACGCUACAUUGAAGAAAUUUCAGAAGUUGAAUUAAGGGAAUCUAGUGGGAAGUCAAUGCCUUCAGAGAAAAGUUGUGCUUAUGAAUCAACACAUCCACAUAAUCUUGUGAUAUCUAUUUUAAAAGCCCGACCAGAUGGAGAACCUCUUGUGAUGAGGAAAGAUUUGGUUGGAGGUUCUGGGGUUCAAAUUCCUUGCGUUUCUCGGAUUCGGAGAGGACGUCCUAGGGAAAAUUACAUGACUCUUUUGAACGAUCAGCCCAAUGGCACAAGCAUGGAACCCGAACUGGUGAAGGAACCGCUUAAUGCUAGCAACCCAGAAAUUGAUAAAACAGAUAAGGUUACUAGUUCUACUUCUGAGAAGGGUGAGCACUUCGCUGAAAGGAAAAUAAUAGAAGAGGAGAUUGUUUCAAAGCAUGAAAACAAAGACACACAUGAGGAUGAUCACUCAGAUGAUAAUAUGAUGACAGAGAUGGCUGCACCAGCUGUUGGAAUGAGAAGAAAACACCACCGGCCUUGGACUCUCGAUGAGGACAAAUGGAGAAACUUAUUGAAAGCUAGUUUUGUACAGUUGCCUGGAGAAAAUGGGACGCAGAAUAAUGCUUCUAGGAAACACGCAACUAUUAUGAUCCCGGCUCCAAUUCUUUUACGUGUGCGGGAGCUUGCUGAAAUGAAUGGCCAUAUUUCACCUCGUCAAAACCAAAGCAAGUGCAGAGGAGGUAGAAUUGUCGAUGCAGAAAAAGUUGGAUGCAUGUAACAUUCUGAACUUCUAUCUGAAAAAAAUAGGUACUACGUACUACAUAUUUUGGAUAAAUAUCACGAGUACUACUGUUUACAUCAUUGCUCCAUCAUAUAGUAUAUGUGCCUAUGUGUUUAGAGAUCUAUUGGGUGUGCAAACAGUAUUAGUGAUUGGCAUGAUAUUACAUAUAG